AUGUCGGAUACACCUCCCCCACAACGGCUCUUCCCGCCCACCUCCCCACUCAGCGCUUCAACGGUUGCGCAAACACCGGAGCUUCUCCGACUACUCGCACAAUUCAGAGCCCGAGUCGAGUCCUUCAGAAUGGACAUGGAAGGGCCACCACCAGCAGCGCCGCAGAAGCCUCUGCCGCCGCGGGAGAACAAGGCGCCUGAAGAGCUCAAGCCGAUCGUUACGCUCGUUCCCGCGCUCGAAGAGACCAAGUACAGAGACGAGGAGGAUAAGAGCAAAAAGUCACUUGCCUACAUCAGAGCACAGCGUGGCGUGCUCAGGUACCUCGACACCUGCGCAGCGGAUUCGCUCAACGCGGCAAAAGCGCGCGCCCUUACCGAAUCCAUCGACCCCGUGAACAAGUACCCUUCCGCGCGCGAGGCCCUCCGUCUGUGCUACUACAUGCGCUCGCAGGGCUUCGAUACUAUCGCAGUAUUCCACCACAAGAGGACCCUCAUGAGGCUAUUCGUCGUCCUGGAUCGAUCCGCCGGCACGCUGUACUGGGAGCAGAACUACAAGACGGGCCGCAUCAAGGAGUUUAGGAAUGCUCGUCGGUCUACGCGCCGACAUGCUGUUGACUUCUCAGACCUGGUGGAUAGCGACCUACUCGCCAGCCUCCGAGGAGGGGUUGGGGCAGCCGGUCAUGCAGAGGCCCCGGCGCAGCCGCCGCCUGGCGAGCGCCAGGACCAGUUGAACGUGGGUAGGUGA